AAAUGUUUUUUCCAGCAGUUCUUCAACUCAGUGGCCAAAGUUGACUAUCUUACUCUGCGCCAUGGUUUCAUCUCAGCACAUUUAUCCUCAAAUAGUUCCUUCAACUUCCAGAGAUACAUACAGAGAUCAUUAGAUGAUGAUUUCAAAGUCGUAGUUGGCAUCAGCCCUUUAAUGUGGUUACUAGUAGUCGUCUUCAUGCUUGCUGAUGUUCGUGGUUUGAAUGUGUAUCUCUGGGUAUCAUUUCUCCCACUGAUUAUAGUGUUGGUUCUCGGAACCAAGCUUCAAGUAAUUGUUGCAAGAAUGGCACUUCAAAUCCAAGAUCAGGGUAGCAUAAUCAAAGGAGCCCCUUUGGUACAACCCAAUGACGAUCUCUUCUGGUUCAGUCACCCGAAUUUUGUCUUGACCCUUUUGCAUUACACUUUGUUUAUGAAUGCAUUUGAGUUAUCAUUCUUCAUUUGGGUCACCUGGCAAUUUGGGAUAAAAUCUUGCUAUCAUGAGCACAUAGAACUCAUUGUUAUAAGGGUUGUAUUAGCGGUGACAGUUCAAGUCAUGUGCAGUUACAUUACUCUUCCUCUUUAUGCUCUUGUGACUCAGGGGAUCAAUCAGCUGAGCAUCUUCAUUUGUGUCUUGGCAGUUAUGCAAAUUGUCUACAGUGUUAUUACAAUGGCUUUAGGAAGGGCCAAGAUGAGGCGAUGGGAAGCUUGGGAGAAGGAGACACAGACUGUAGAGUACCAGAUUUCUAAUG